AUGGAACAAGCAGUGCUGGAUGGGUUGCAAAACCUGCAACUCACCAAGGAGGAAGAAGAUAGCAUACAGAUUUCAAGCCACAGUAGGAACGAACUAUUGGAGGAAUGCCAUCUGAGUCUUUUUGGUAAGCUUUUAUCAGAUCGGCAGCAAAAUCAACGUGCUUUGAAAAGCACUCUAAGAUCAGUUUGGAGAAUGGGGUCAGAUUUGAGGAUUGUGGAAGUAGGAAAUGACAUCCUCCAGUUCAAGUUUUGUUCAAAGCAUCAGUUGGAAUGGGUGGAGAAGAAUGGUCCAUGGAAUUUCGACAACAAUCUUCUGCUCUUGGGUAGAUUGCGUAAAGGACUAACAGCUGCAAGCAUUACUUUCUCACACACACCAUUCUGGGUUCAGGUGUGGGGAGUGCCUUUUGAGUUAAUGACAGAGGAAACUGGAAGAGACAUUGGGAACAGAAUGGGAAAUUUUGUUGAAAUGGAUAAAAGAUCAUGGCAGAUGGACCAAGCUAAGUUUAUGAGAGUCAGAGUGAAACUACCAAUAGACAAGCCACUCCGUCGAGGUGGAUACUUGAUGGAUAUGGAAGGAGACAAAACAUGGGUCACAUUCAAGUAUGAGAGACUCCCAAAAAUUUGCUUUCUUUGUGGAAAAAUAGGCCAUGAUAAGAGGCACUGUAACAACACCGUGGACGGUCAUCAAACGGAGUAUCAAUAUGGCGAUUGGAUUAGGGCCAAUGGGAAUUACAAAGGAAGCAAUGAGAGGAUGAAGACCAGGAAAGACGAAGGAAACCAGUCAAGUGGUGAUCGUGGAAAAUCAAGCUCUCAACCAUCAACAGAGGGGACAAAAAAUCUGGUGAGGAUUGACGAUGGAGGCGGAAGCAAAAGAUCUGAUAGUGACAGAAGGGAAGGAAAAUAUGAAAAUUGGGGAGCUCUAGGUGAUGGUAUGGUGUCAGGAAGGCAGGCAGCUAGUCAUCCUAGAGGAUGGGACAGCACUGAGGAUGGAACACCAACCAUAGAAAAAGAAGAACAGUUAGUGGGCUUGAGGGAAGAGCAUGAGGUUACCAGCCCAUUAAAGCCCAAGCAAAGCACAAAGGCUGAGAGUGAAAUGGGCUACCUUGAUAUGGGUCAGUGCAAAGAAAACAAACCCAAAACAAAGGGAAGAUUAAAGAAAUUAGCAAGGGAAAGAGGCCCACCAGGAGAUGAAGUAAUGUUGGACCGUGAAGGAGAAAUUGGACUUAAGCGUAAAGGUCUGAAUAAUCCGGGGGGACUCAUCACUGGGCUGAGGCAAUGUGCUGAUGCUCUGUCCAAAUGGAGCAAUUCUGUUUUUGGCCAAAUACCAAAGAGGGUUCAGGAAAAAAAGAAAGUGUUAAGUGCCCUGACCAAGGAUGAUAUUGACAGACAAAAUGGAGUUGAAAUUAAUAGAGUUAGAAGGGAGAUUAAUGAGCUAUUGGAUGAUGAGGAAAUGUGGUGGCAACAAAGAUCUAGGGUGCAAUGGUUAGGUGAGGGAGAUCGCAACACAAAAUAUUUCCAUCAUCGAGCAUCGGAACGAAGAAAGAAGAACACAAUCAAUGGCUUAUGGAAUGAAGAGGGGGUCCGGUGUGACAGUAAAGGAAAUAUUGCCAAUGCAGCAGUUGCAUAUUUUGAAGGAAUAUAUACAACCACACACCCAACCAGAGUUGAAGAAGUAACGAACCUGCUCCCUCACAAAGUUACUGUGGAGAUGAAUGCUGAUCUAACCCGGGAUUUCACCAUGGAGGAGGUCAGAUUAGCUCUUAGCCAAAUGCACCCAACAAAAGCGCCUGGUCCAGACGGUAUGUCUGCUGUCUUUUAUCAAAAAUAUUGGGCUAUUGUUGGAAAUGAUGUCACAAAUAUGGUUUUUAAUGAGCUUAAUUUUGAUGCUCCUAUAACUGACAUAAACAACACUAACAUUGCUUUGGUGCCAAAAGUGAAAAACCCCACUAGAAUGAAAGAUUUUCGUCCUAUCAGCCUUAGUAAUGUAUGUUACAAGCUAAUUUCUAAGGUCCUUGCAAACCGCUUGAGAACAAUUCUUCCACAGAUAAUCUCGGAGAACCAAAGUGCAUUCAUAUCGGAGAGGUUGAUAACGGAUAAUGUGCUCGUAGCUUUUGAGCUAAUGCACUAUCUAGAUCACAAAAAACAUGGAAAAGAGAGUUUUAUGGCUGUUAAACUCGAUAUGAGCAAGGCAUAUGAUAGGGUUGAAUGGGUUUUUGUUGAAAAGGUGAUGAGGAAGCUGGGUUUUCAUGGAAAAUGGAUUGAAUGGGUGCUAAAAUGCAUCACAACUGUUACGUAUUCAGUCUUGAUCAAUGGGGAAGCUCACGGUACGAUCUAUCCAAGCAGGGGGCUUCGACAAGGAGACCCUUUGUCUCCCUAUCUGUUCCUCUUGUGCACAAAAGCUUUUUCAGCCCUUAUUGUUAAAGCAAAUAACAGCCAAAGUCUCACUGGAGUAUCUAUAUGUAGGGGUUGUCCGAGGAUUACCCAUUUGUUCUUUGCGGAUGAUAGCUUAAUGUUCUGUCGGGCAGAAAGACAAGAAUGCUCCAAGUUGGUUGAAAUCCUAAAACUCUAUGAGGCAGCGUCGGGACAAAAAGUUAAUGCAGAUAAGUCUGCAGUAAGUUUCAGCCACAAUACAACCCCUGAAGCAAGAAGUGAAGUCUUGGAAAUUUUGGGACCCAUGCAAGACACAAGACAAGGAAAAUACCUUGGCCUCCCAUCGGUUAUUGGCAAGUCGAAGAAUCAAGUUUUUGCAGAAAUAAAAGAGAGGGUUGGGAAGAAAUUAUCGGGUUGGAAGGAAAAAAUGCUCUCAAUGGGUGGGAAGGAAAUUCUCAUAAAAGCAGUAACUCAGACAAUCCCCACGUAUACCAUGAGCUGCUUCUUGCUUCCAAAGGGCUUGUGUGAGGAUUUGGAGGGGAUGGAGAUGAAUUUCUGGUGGGGCCAAAGAGACCAGGAGACCAAAAUGUCUUGGGUUAGCUGGAGGAAAAUGUGCAUGUCAAAGACACAUGGAGGUAUGGGCUUCCGCAAUCUCCAUGCUUUCAACCUAGCAAUGUUAGCAAAGCAAGCUUGGCGCAUCUUGGUUGAUCCAAUAUCCUUGGUUGCUCGAAUAUACAAGGCAAGGUAUUUUCCCUACAGUGACAUUUUGGGGUCAAAGUUAAGGGGCAGCCCUUCUUAUGCUUGGCAGAGUAUCCAAAGUAGCCUGGAGGUAAUUAGGAAGGGCACUAGAUGGAGAGUGGGGAAUGGAAGGAUGAUACAUCUAUGGGACGACAAAUGGCUGCUGUCCCCAACCACAUAUAAAAUCUGCUCCCCUCAGCAAAAUAUUGGUGACUUCCCAAUGGUAUCGUCCCUAAUAGAUGAAGAAACGAGGUGGUGGAAAAUGGACAAAUUCAGAAGGUUUUUCCUACCUUUUGAGGCUGAAACCAUACUUAACAUUCCGCUUAGUUAUAACAUGCCAGAAGACAAAAUAAUUUGGGUAGGAAACAAACGCAGCAUGUUUUCUGUCAAGAGUGCUUACUACGUAGCCUUGCCAUUGGUGGAAAAAUCUGAAUUGGGUGAAUGCUCGAUGGAAGAUUGUAGAACCCCACUAUGGAAGAAAAUGUGGCAGCUCAAACUCCCCUCAAAGAUCAGAAUUUUUGCUUGGAAAGCAUGCAUGGAAGGAUUGCCAACGAGAUUGAAUCUGCAUAAGAGGGGGAUAAACACUGAAGUGAACUGCCCUUUAUGUGAGAAAGGUGUAGAAAGUACUAGUCAUGCCUUAUUGUACUGUGAAAGAAAUUGGGAUAUGUGGUGGAAUUGGCAUGAGUGCCCGAUUAGCUUGCUAGCAGAGAAUAAAACUUUUGUGGAUGUUGCUUUGCAGAUUUUGAACAGGGGAACACCUCAUGAUCUGGAAACUCUUUGUGUCACGGCUUGGUCUAUAUGGUAUAGAAGGAACAAAAUGGUCCAUGAAUCCCUUUGCCUUGCUCCAUCCCAAAUCUGGGGGUUUGCGCAACUAACCCAAGAGGAUUACAAAGGAGCUUUGGUUGUACACCAGAUAAGACAGCAGCAUUCAGAUGUUGGGUGGACAGCACCACCCCCGGGUUUUUACAAGAUAAAUGUUGAUGGUGCAAUUGAUAAGGAUAGAAGGUUGUCCAGUGUGGGUGUGAUCAUUAGGGACUGUGAGGGAAGGGUAGUAGUAGCAAGAAGCAAGGUGUUGAAUGGAAUGUAUGAAGCAAAAACAACUGAAGCUUUUGCAGUUGAAGAAGCUAUCCUUCUUGCCCGGGAAAGAGGACUCAAUCAAGUUGUCAUAGAGUCGGACUCUUUAUCAGUUGUCCAGGCUAUCAAUACAAACUCAAACAUGGGAGACCUGGGUUCAAUUAUUCAAGGAAUCAUUGGCUUACUAAGGGAGUUUAGAAGCUGGAAUGUGAAGCAUCUGAAAAGGGAAUUCAAUAGAGUUGCGCAUGAAUUAGCACAGUUAGCAAAAGUUGCUGGGGCUACUUAG